CUUUAUCUGAAAAUGUUCUUCUUGUAUACUUCGAAGAAUUAUCUAAAAAGUAUUCUUCCUCUUCACUGUGGACAUUCUAUUCGAUGUUACGAACUACAUUAAAUCUUCAUGAUGGAGUGGAAAUUGAUAAAUAUCCCAAACUACGUACUUUCCUUAAACGUAAAUCAGAUGGACAUCUUAAGAAGAAAUCUAAAAUCUUCAGCCCCGAGGAGAUAAAUGCAUUUUUUAAUAAUGCACCUGACGAAGUAUAUCUUGCAACAAAGGUUGCAUUGAUAAUGGGUUUAAUGGGUGCAUGUCGAGCCUGUGAGUUAAGUGACAUGAAAGUCGAGGAUAUUAAAGAUUUUGAAGGGGGAGUUAUUAUCACAAUACCUAAAACUAAAACUAAAAUUGUCCGAACGUUUACAGUUACGGGUCAAUUCUUUGAUAUAUACAAGAAAUAUGCGAAAUUGCGCCCACCUACCGUUCAAUCCCCCUUCUUUUUUUUAAAUUUCCAAAAGGGAAAAUGCACAAGCCAAAAAAUUGGAAUUAACAAAUUUGCGAAAAUGCCCAAAGAUAUUGCUACCUUUUUGAGACUUACGAACACGGAUUUAUACACCGGUCACUGUUUCCGAAGAACAUCCGCAACAAUCCUAAUUGAUGCUGGUGGAGACAUCAUGGCUUUGAAACGACACGGUGGCUGGAAAUCGACAGCCGUAGCCGAAGGAUACGUUGAUACUUCCUUGACAAAUAAGUUGGAUACCGCUACAAAAAUUUCAAGCUCUGUGAUUUCUACUUCCAAUAUCGCUCCACAACCUGCAGCAUCAUCAUCAAGACAUCUUGUAGUACUAACGUAUUAA